AUGGAACGCAUAACUGUAAAAUAUUAUCGUGCUGAUACACCUUAUCUAUCUCCAGAAGCUAUUGAGGAAAUUAUUCAAUCUCGAGGAACGAUUAAAAAUGCAUGCAAGGAAAUGAUGGAAAAAAUAAGUGGGGGAGGUAUGAAUAACAUUCCUAAUACAGAUAUAGUUGCCCAAAUUGAGCGAGAAAUAAAAAGAAAGGAUAAAAACUUAGCUAAUACUGCUCGCAUAAUGUCUACUACUUAA